CAAUAACUCAACGCGUGGACGUCGUCGUCGUCGGCCGGCAUACACCACCACCACCACCAACUACCACUUCCCCCCCUAAAAAAUAGAGAACCUGCAAACCAACUAACCCAAUAACGAACCCUAAAAUUCUUUUUUUUUUUUGUGCGAAAUUUUGAAAUUUAACCAAAAAUCAACUCCAAUACAAAAAAGUUAAUAAUUAUCCCCGCCAAAAAAGUGCAUUCAAAAAUUAAACCAAAAAAAAAUAAAAAACACAAAAAGUUUAUUGAAAUAAAACAAAAGUUGAUAUAAACCAAUGCAAAUAUGUGCCAUAAUUCGGGCAUUGAAAGUGGCGAACAGCAAAUUGAACGGUACAUGGCUUAUGGGAUGCCAUCGAAGGCUAUCAAGAGUGUAAAAUACACAAUGCGCAAGCGAGAGAGACAACAACAAAAGCAGCAGCAACAACAGCAACAGGAGAAUUCAGAAGAGCAGCAAGGAAUAAAUGAAAUGGAGGAAUUUGAUGGAAACAUAAGCUGGAAUGAAACAACAAGUUGCGAUAGUGAUGAUAGUAGUAUGGAUGAAAUAAUUUCCAAGGAACAAGUGCAAGAAGAAGCCAAAUUCGAAACACCAGCAACAACAUUAACAGAAACACCAACAACAACAGCAACAAACACACCACCAAUGGAUCAUAAUUUAAGUUUAUCCUUAACAACAACAACAACCAGCACAGCUGUAGAAAAUAAAGUCAUCAGCAACAACAACAACAACAAUAAUAAUAACAGUUAUGGCGACAUAAUUAAAAUUCCUAAACUCUGUGGACGUUUUCGUAAAAUGCAACAGCAACAGGAACAGGAACAGAAACAGCUGGAAAUGGAAUCAAGUUCAAAGACUGUUACAUCAGCAACAACAACAAUACAAGCCUCCUCCAACAGCAACAGCAACGGCAACGGCAACGACAUGGAAUUGGAUCUAAAGAUCCAACAGCAACGUAAAUUAAGCUCCAUGGAACCCUCAAUGGACGAUGCAUUGGCCGUCGGCACACAAAUGACACGAAAAUUUGCCGAACGCGUACAAUAUUUAAUUUUCCAACUACAAAACAGUCGACUAUACGCUAUACUGACACGUACGACACAACCAGCACAUUUAAUAGCCAUUUGUAUAUUAAGUUUUGUGCUAUGUACUGUUGGACCCGAUCUCAUCGACCAGGCGCCCAUUAAUUAUGAUGAUGGCCAAAACGAGAUGUCACCAACAAUGGUUCACACAACAUCAUCAUCAUCAUCAUCAACAUCACCACCAACACAGACAGGCGGCAGCGUAUUGGCCACAUUGAUCUUUUUGGGGGCAUUUGCCACCCAUUUUGGGGCACAAAUCUGGAUGACCUUUGUAUCGGGCCUGUCACUGUACUUCUCACUACCGCGUCACACAUUUGGCCAAUGCCAGCAGAUUUUGUUUCCAAAAUAUUUUGCACUUAAUGCCGUAUUAAGCAUUACGAUGCUUAUCAUUUAUGCAAAAUAUUUUCUAACCAGUUGGACCACCUCGGCUGGCUUUCAGGUGUGCACACUGGCGCUGACGGCAUUUAUUGAGGUGGUUGUACGUUUGUAUUUGGUGCCACCGAUGUUGCUGCUAAUGCAUGAGAAGUACAAAAUCGAGGAUGCAAUUGGCAGUGGCCAGGAGGUGGGUGUAUUGGUCCAAGGAGAUUUGGUGCAUUGUCCGCACUAUCAACGCAUACACAAAGGAUUCAGGCGUAUACAUAUGAUCAUUGCGAUUGGCAAUAUGACUGUGAUGCUGGCUACAUGUCUGCAAUUGUAUUUUCUGGCAUCGAAAAUACAUCUUAGCUAAGACACAAACCAUGCACAACAAGCAAAAAACAAAAAAAAACCAACCACCCACCCACCACCCUCUACCCACCCAGAAUGUUAGAGCCGUAGCGGCUAAAAAGUCUUUCUCUUUUGUUUUUUUUUUUUCUCUCUCUCUCUCUCUCUCUCUCCCUCAUGAAUGUAAUCUGAUUUUUCACAUAUUAUACAACAAAAAUGAUGAAUUUAUAUGGCAAAACUAAGUUACAUCACGCACACACAUACACACAUACGCAAAUGUAUUUUUAAAUAACAAUCAAUCAAUGAUUUGUCGCAAAUUAAAUUAUUUAUUAAUUAUUAA